AUGAUUUUAUCUGAAAGAAACAAGCCCAAUAUGUUAUUACAAAGAAAAUACAAGCAAAUAUCAUUAUCUUAAGUUUUGAAGAAGCCACUUAUAAUAAAAUCAUUACCUCCAAUAUUUGUAAAGUCAGUUCAAAAAACUUAGAAGAAUAAUUAAUAAAAAUAAGAAAAUUGUUAAUCUCAAAGAGCUUCUUAACCAUCUAUUUUAAACAAGUUUGAUAGUUUUGGAACAGUAGAAUAAUCAUGUACUCCUUUAGAGAAAUAUCCUCCAUAAUAACAAAUAAUUUUAUUGAGCAGUAAAAAAUUAGACAUUCAAGAUAAAAAAAAAUACUCUAGUUAUAGAAAAAUAAAUGUUAAGCCAAUACAAAUUUUAACAUAAAAAUGUUAUACAGAAAUAGAUGUUUAAAUUGAUAAAGUCAAUAAAUGGUCAUAAACUACAUUUGAUGAAGACUAAUUACUUGAGUAUUUAAAUAACUGA